AGGCCUUUGUUGCCACGGCAACCGCGUGGUUUGAGGCGCCGGGGACCCGCCAAGGCCGCAGAGCUCAGGAUGAACAGGAAGAAGCUGCAGAAGCUCUCCGACUCUCUGUGCAAAAGCGCUAAGCACUUCAACAAAUUUGAAGUGGAAUGUCUCAUAAAACUUUUCAACAACUUGGGAGUGGAGCCAAGUGACCGACAUGCUGUCGUUGGUUUAGACCGAAACUCAUUUCGAAAUAUCCUACAUGUCACAUUUGGAAUGACAGAUGACAUGAUUAUGGACAGAGUGUUUCGUGCUUUUGACAAAGACAAUGACAGCUGUGUCAGUGUAACAGAAUGGGUGGAAGGGUUAUCAAUAUUUCUUCGGGGGACACUCGAAGAAAAGAUGAAAUACUGCUUUGAGGUUUAUGACCUAAACAGUGAUGGAUAUAUUUCACGGGAGGAAAUGUUUCAUAUGCUGAAGAACAGUCUGCUAAAACAGCCAUCAGAAGAAGAUCCUGAUGAAGGAAUUAAAGAUUUAGUCGAAAUAACACUGAAAAAAAUGGACUAUGACCAUGAUGGCAAACUCUCUUACAUUGAUUUUGAAAAGGCUGUAAGAGAGGAAAAUCUCCUUCUAGAAGCAUUUGGACCAUGUUUACCUGAUAUGAAGUGCAGGAUGGCAUUUGAGGCACAAGCAUUCCAAGAUACUCCUGAUUUGUAGCUCUGCAAGUGAAAUAUACUGUGUGAACUACUAUGAAAAGACACCAUUAUUUUUUAUUUUAUUUU